AAACCUCCCUCGGGUAUACAUUCGACUCUUUCAUCAGUUUAAGCUCAAAUAUUUCAUCUAUUUAUAUCUCUCAUUUUAAGUCGUUAAUUAAUAGUUGUUAACAUUCGGCUCUUGCUAAUCAAGUUGAUUAGUACUAAUGGGGGGAUUUAGACUUGUGGUGUGCCUGUGGUCAGUCUGGAUUAGUUUGAGCCUAAUACUUGUGUCCGCGCAAGUGCCGAAUUACUACGCUAAUGUGUGUCCGAACGUCGAAAGCAUUGUAAGAAAUGUUGUUCGAACUAAAAUUCAACAGACUUUCGUUACGAUACCCGCAACUCUCCGUCUCUUCUUCCAUGAUUGUUUUGUCCAGGGUUGUGAUGCUUCGGUGAUGAUUGCGUCUUCGGGAAGUAACACUGCGGAGAAAGACCAUUCGGAUAAUCUGUCAUUAGCCGGAGACGGAUUUGACACCGUGAUCAAAGCUAAAGCUGCUGUUGAUGCUGUCGCGAGCUGCAAAAACAAGGUUUCUUGUGCUGACAUUCUUGCCAUUGCCACCAGGGAUGUCGUUGCCCUGUCAGGGGGACCAUCAUAUACUGUGGAAUUGGGAAGGCUAGACGGGCUGGUUUCGAAAUCUUCGGACGUGAAUGGGAAGUUGCCGAAGGCAGGAUUCAAUUUGGAUCAGCUCAACUCUCUUUUUGCAAACAAUGGAUUAAGCCAAACUGAUAUGAUUGCACUCUCAGCGGCCCAUAGCUUGGGAUUUUCUCACUGUAAUCAGUUUGCAAAGCGAAUUCAGAAACCAAUAGACCCUACCUUAAACAAGACCUACGCGACUCAACUGCAGCAAAUGUGUCCUAAAAAUGUCGACCCAACAAUAGCCAUAAACAUGGAUCCCAUCACUCCUAGAACUUUUGACAAUGUUUACUACCAAAAUCUCCAGCAGGGCAUGGGACUGUUCUCUUCCGAUCAAGUCCUCUUCACAGAUUCACGAUCCAAGCCGACCGUCAAUUCAUGGGCCAGCAACUCUGCAGCAUUCGAAAAAGCCUUUAGUACAGCAAUGACGAAGUUGGGUCGAGUCGGAGUCAAGACAGGGAGCAAUGGAAACAUUCGGCGUGAUUGCUCUUCGUUCAACUAAAUACAUCAUAAUUAGCAUGUUUCUACAAGGUGUUUUGGCCUAAUAAUCACUCUAAUUUUACUGAGAGCCAAACAAAGUGCAAAUUUUUUGCUACUAGAGUGAAUGAAUACAAUACACGGCACUACAAGAAAAACCGGGUAUUUUUGACCGAUUUCGCUAAA